UCCGCUCCUCCUCCUCCUUAUCGGUCGUCAUAUACUCACCUUCCUCUUGCCCGCCCCAUCAAAACCCUAACGGCGGCGGCCAUCUCUGCUGGAAGCGAAGAUGACGCAGAAAACGGCCCUCUUCAAAGGCCAAAAGAAGAAGAAAUCAAUCCCCCCCAGUCGCCAUGGCAAAGUACCUCAAACCCGCAAAGGGAAGAGAUUCGUCAAGCCGUCGAAGGUCACCAGGGACAUGGAGACGGAUCGAGAGGUAAGCAAGUUUAUAAACCAGUGCAACGAGAUUAAAGCGGCCACUGCUGCAAAUAAAGAAGGUGGCCAGUUGAGUGUUGUGAAAGUUCAAUCGGAGUCCACGGGUGGCGAGAAGAAGUAGCCUGUUGUUGAAGUUAUGCUGCUGGUGUGUAAAGAAUGUGCUGCAAUGCAAUAAGCACAGCAAUUUUGUUUUCUUGGUAGAUGCGGCUUCACCCUGCACCUACCUUAGAGUUCCGAGUUCCUUUUUUCGUCUCUUGUAGCCAUUAAUUAACUCAUGAAUAUAUAGAAGUAAUGUACGUCCAUAUCUUUCUGUUUUUUUUUUGGAUAAGUAAGGUCCAUAUCAUGUUGCAAGGAAUUUGUACUAUGUCUCAGUUCAACAGAAAUGGUGAAGAUCAUUGGUUGGGAAUCA